AUGGGCUACCUAACCAAAAUAGCCAUCCCGUUUAUUCUUCUAAUGAUAAGUGAUAAGGCGCCAUUUGUGCGAAGCUUUUUUACCGCAAGCGGUGGUGGGGAAAUGACCCAGAGGGGGGGAAGGAAAAGAGGAAACAACAACUACUACUAUUACCACGUAUCAAAACGGAAGAAAGGCGCAAGGGAGGUGCUCCUAAAUAGUGUUGUAAAGGCAGAGGGAGGAAGUCCGUUGGGUGGUCCCCCUGUACUAGAUGGGGUAGACAAAGUGGAGGACACAAGUUGUAGUGAUGACGGUGCAGGUAUCCACAAUGGGGACACGGCUGGGUUGGACCUCUUCCAGAAUGACUGUCUACAGCUGAAGCAGUGGUACCUAGGGCAGGAGGUGCGGGAAAAGUGGAAACAAAAGCACAUCGAAAAUGUGCGAAACAAUUACGAGAAAGUCCUACUAAACAACAAGUACAACGAAUUGUUUAACAUGUACAGAAAUAUAAAAAAAAAUAACGUGGAAAAUUAUAAAAAGAGAGUUAAAACUAACAGAAUCAAUCCAGUCAUUUAUGUAAAAAAAAGGCUAGUCUCAGCAACAGCAAAGUAUAUUAAAAUGUCCUUCAUAAAAACGAGGAAGAUUCUUUGGAAAAUCAGAUACAUGCCUAUAAUAAAAGCCUUCGCAUUUUUGUACUACUAUGGCACGAACAAAUACACGGUGAAUAUUUACAAGUGCAUAAAAUCUUGUCUCUUUAACGCUAUUAACAAAUAUGGGCGGAAUAAUAUCAAGCCCGUUUUUCACACGCUGCAGGCUAACAUGGGUGGGUAUACCAAGAAGAUUAACAUUCGUGCAAAGGGGAAAACGGACAUCAUACGUGAGCCGCACACGCACAUUCGGGUGGUCCUCGAGGUGUAG